AUGAAGAAGAAGAAAAUAAAGAACCAACUACAAUCUACUACUUCUACUUCUACUACUAGUAGUACUUCUACUACUCCUGUAGUAUCACAGACAACAACAACAACAACAACAACAACAGCUACUGCUCAACAACAACAACAACAUGAAGAGGAAGAAGAAAAUGAAGAAGGUUCAGUGUUGUUUCAAAUCAUUAGACCAGAUUUUACAUAUGAUGAUUAUCAUCAAAUGGUUGGUUCGAUAGACACAUCAAAGCAUAUGGGAUCAAUGGAAAUGCUCGUCGAAGGAGAGGCAUUACAUCUAUGUAAUGUGUUUGAGGUAUUGGUGGAAGAGGGAUUUUGUCAACCUGACCCUGCCCCGCUUAGUUCAUUGUUCCUCAUGUGCUCAAGUCUUAAUCUUUCAGAUACACUCGAUGAAAAUGAGUUUAGACAAACUUACAAGUUAGAAGAUUCACAUUUUUAUGAUAACAUUCAAAUACUUCAAGAGAUGGACAAGAAAGCAUUAUUCAAAAUCAUUCUGAUGCAUGCUUGUUUAAUGAGUGACACGUUGUUGAAAUUCAUAGCAGUGUUUUUACCCUACAUUGCUCCAAAACUGAUUUAUGAGGUGGUAUUUGGUUUAUAUUAUCUACCUACCAUUGUAACGGUUAUCCGUUUUGAAGAGGUCACCAGAGAAUACCGUCAAGAAUUGAUUCAAGUCUUGGUUAAUGCAAAUCAUCGUAAUUUGUGGAGUUGUAUUGGUCAAGUAAAAGUAGAAAGCUUAUUAGAUCAUAGGAAACACAAGUGCCCGUAUUAUAUAGCAACUACAGGUGUAUUGUACAAUAGACAGACGAAAUUGGAGAUGAGAUUGACAGCAAGAGAGUUUGAACUUUGUCUCAAGUUAUUGCCACCUUCCGACACCAAGUUUAAAAAGGGAGAGAAAUCAACCAAUCUCUUCCUAGGAGUUGACCUUCAACCAAUCGAUCAUGCCAUCAGACUGGGCGAUAUCCAAUUGAUUAAGGACAUUAUCGACUAUAAUCCAGAACUCCUCAAGACUGGUUGUGUCAUUUUUUCGUGCGUCGUCUUUGCCAAACCAGAUAUACUGGCACUCAUUAUCCGCUCUGCUCCAGAGCUGGCCAAAAACCCACCAACCGGGUCGUCCAAUUACACAAUCGAAGAGUUGUGUGUCCAUUUUUGUUGCGGAGAAAUGCUGCGGAUGCUCUACCACGCAGGACUCGAGGUUGAAAAGAUUCGACGUCAUCGAGUAACAGAAAAAAGACAUCUUUUGACAUCGACUACGAUUAACAACCGUGACAUUUUGACGAUGGAGGUGCUCUUUCAGCGUCCUACCCCUAUCCUCUUUAAAAUAUCGGCCACUGACUUUUGCCAGCUCAUUACAGAUACCGAGGUACUGGCCUAUCAAGUCUUACUACAUUUGCACACGGUACGAAGAAUGCGCAUACCUCCCUUUCUAUCCGAAAUACACACAGAACCAGGAUCCAAACUGCCAACUCUUGCUUUUGCAACUUCUCCUCUUAUAGCCGGCUUUUUAAUCAGUCUUUAUCCAGAAGCCGCCACUGUCACGUUUACACCAAAAGAUUUUAUCGAAUUUGCCCCUCAUUUACAGCCGUACUCGGCCCCCCUCAAUGUUGUUGGUCUCAAUAUUACAAAUCAUAGAUUCGAACUGGCUAAAUACAUCCUGUUAAAAUACCCGGUCAACACAUUUUUGGAUCCCUUUGUUUGCCAAACCCUGGCGACCGAUGCAUCUGUCUUUGGCAAAGACUCACAAGAAUUGGCUCCAUGGAUUGCAUUUGCAAAAAAGAAAAAUUUGUCGAUUAUUGAUGAUUUGGUCAAAGGUUGGGGUAAGGAAUUAAGUGUUGGAGGCGGAGGAGGAGGAGGAGGACCAAAAAAGAAAAAAAAAGUUACAAACAAACAAAAACAAAAAGAAAAUGAAAAAGAAAAAGAAAAAGAAAAAGAAAAUGUAACAACCAACAACAACAAAAAAGAUACGAUGGCGAACAAUAAUGUAAAGAAAAAGGAUGAUAAUCAAAUCAGUAAAAGUUUAAAUCCAGAAUCAACCAGUACAACUACGACAACUUCAACAACUGCAAAAAUUGAAAUUGAUCAAUGUCAAAUAUGUUUUAAAGAAAUACCAUUGUCUGAAAUGAACUCUCACUAUGACACUCAACAUUUUAAAGAUCAAGACAAACAAAAGAAAAAGGAAUCAACACCUAAAAAUCAACCACCUGUAGUAUCUCCUUCUAAACCACUUCUUCAAAUUAAACCAGAUCCAAUAGUAUCACCAACGAAUCAAAAAGCCAACCAAUCUUCACCCAACUCAAAACAAAUCAAUGUCAACAAGGUAAAAGUUGAUAAGAAACAACAACAAGAAGAAUUAUUAAAGCGAUACAAUAUUGUUGAAAGUGAAUUGGAUCGUACAGUUGGUAAAUUUAAAUUUAGUAGAAAGGAAAAAUAUAUUGUCGGACGUGGUAGCAAUGGUACAUUGGUAUAUAUGGGAAUGUGGAGCGAAUUCAAAGUGCCUGUUGCCAUUAAACAAAUGCACAAGGCAUUUAACGAAACUGGUCGUGUGGCAGAGGAAAUCGAUCUCAUGAUCAAACUGUCAAAUGAACUGGGAUCCUCAAAUAUGGUUCGAUACAUUGACAAGGAGGAAGACGACUUGUUCUUUUAUCUUGGUGUCAGUCUCUGCGAUUGCUCACUACAAGAAAUGUAUGAAAACCCAGAUGCACCCGCCCACAUUCAACAACAAAGAAUGCAAAUCGAUAAAAUGGCUGCUAUCAAAGAUAUGAUUAGCGGCGUAACAUUCCUUCACCAACACAAUGUUGUACACAAUGAUUUAAAUCCACGUAAUAUCUUGCUCAAAGAAGGUCGGUUGUUAAUCUCUGAUAUGGGUUUGAGCAAGAUGCUGUCGGUCGAUAGUUCAUUCUCUCUUACUCAUUCACCCACUGGAACGGGUGGAUACCACCCCGCUGAGAUUAUCACCGGACAGCGCAAGACAAAGUCUGUGGAUAUCUUUUCACUUGGGUGUCUCAUUUGCUAUGUACUUGGUGAUGGCAAGAGCCAUCCAUUUGGCAAUGACAAGUGGAUGCGUAUGAGUCGUAUCAUGAACGACCAACCAAACGUGUCCGAGGCACUACCCAACGCAAACAAAGAAACAAUCGAUCUAAUCUCUCAGAUGGUUCUUAAAAACCCUGAUAGUCGAUCCACUAUCGAGGCAGUUGCCAAACAUCCAUUCUUUUGGACGACACAACAAAAAAUGGUAUUCAUCGACACUAGUUGUCAAGCAUCGAAAUCAUCGCUUUGGAAUGGUCUUGGUAUCACACUCAAGGACACUGUCGACCCUUCACUCAAAACAUGGGGCACGCAAAUCGACAAGAACCUCUUACAAUUCCUCGAACAAAAUGUAAAAAAACCCUACAACUUUGAGAGUGUCAAGGAUCUAAUCCGAUGCAUUAGAAACUGUCUACAACAUUUCCAAGAUAUUAAACUCGUCAACAAUAGACAACAAUAUUUCGAGAGUUCUGAAACUACAUUCCAAUAUUUCGACUCCCUUUUCCCUCAUUUGGUUAUCAAUCUCUACAUCAAAUUUAGAUCAAAUCCAAAUUUUUUAAAAUCAAAUGUACAAACCAAUUUACCUUCAUUCUUUGGAAACAUAUAA